AUGGACAAGCAGAUUCAUAGGCAACAUGAAUACGAGGCCAAAGGUUAUACGAACUGGAAAGUUUCGCCUUGGAAUAGUCCAAAAACAAAUGGACUGUUAACACUUGCAAGGUCUAGAGCCGCGGCCCUUCAACAGGAUGUUGAGACGGCAAACUCAAUAUCUCCGAAUGCAUUGAGAGCUCAAAAUGUGCGUUGGAGUGUUGCCAGAAAAGAACCAGACUCGCAAUCUUUCAACCGACUUGAUUCAUCGCAUCAAAACAGAGCCACUCAAAUGGCAAUCUCAAAUAUUCGGAGAGACAAAAACAAGGGAACAAGCGAUCAGCCUUUAGAGCAAUCUAGUGAAUUCAGAUCCAUCGAGCCAGCGGACUCUGUCUUCACGAACUACAGAGGAGAAACUUCUCAAGACGAUCAGAUGGCUUCGGAUAUACUAAAAGUCCACUCAAAUUCAUCAAAUAUUUCGACGAAUUUUCUGAACAAAAAAGAGCUUUUGCAAUGGAAAAUACCGAAUUUCGACACCAUCCUGGUCAGAACGACGAAUUCCAAACAAACAGAUAAUUUCCAGAAGGCAAUGGAUUCGAGUAAAAACUGUGAAAGAAGAACAAUUGAGUGUAUGACUCCACCAAAUUGGGCUAAUCGUCAUAUAAGAGGAGUCUGCAUCCGCAGAGGACUGGCGAGCAAUGAUGUAAAGAGAGAAAGUCCGCUGGGUGAACUAGGUCUUCGAGGACUGGUGCAACGUUUAGCUGUUCCUGGAUGUGGAGAAUCAACAUGUCGAAAUGGAUGGUAA